AUAGUUCAGGUACAAUUUGACAUUACCAAUUUCGUUUGCGAAUAGUAAAGAGUAAAAUUGUCAGUAUCCAAAUUUAAAAAACGAAAAAAAUACCACAAUGUACCAAAUGUCGAGAAUUGGCCCAGGACCAGCGGGAUAUGCACUUCCACCUCUGGUUGGCUAUGACAAGCAUGGAUGCAAUAGGGAGCGCAGGCCGAUGUACAGCAUGGGAAUUCGACCGGGAGCCUCUUUCAGUAGUGUUGGUCCCGGUCCUGCCAAAUACGGUCUUGGUAAAAUGACGAGAUAUGGAGCUCCAUACAAUCCCCAGUACACGGUAGGAAAAAGGUUCAACUUGUUUACUGCGGAUAAAAAUCCUGGCCCAGGUGCUCAUCAAAUCGAGAAAGUUCCACCUAUGAAGGAAAAAAGAGCGCCCGCUUACACUUUCGGGUACCGGCAUAAGCUGCCGAACAAUGAUGGAGUUCCGGGCCCGAAGUACAUGUAUAAUCUAAAUGUCUACAAAACUCGUAAUCCACUGUACAGUAUGAGAGAAAGAACUAAGUUACCGUAUUCUCUGGAAGGUCCUGGCCCGAGCAAGUACGGUGCGAUGGACCGCAAUAUCACCCAUAAACGUAAUCCGAAAUACACGAUUCGUGGUACAUACCCAAUACAAGACAAAAGAAUCUCUCCGGCUCCCAACCGUUACGGGCUGAUUAAUGUGAAACCAGGGGUUGCCGCUCCACAGUACUCGUUCGGUACGAAGCAUUCCAUGUGGAGUCCACCGAUGGUCAUACCGGGAGAUAAUUGCUGAUGAGUGUUUUUUGGCGAUUGCUAAACUCGAAUAAAA